CCCCCCCCGGUGUCGGCCGCGCGCCGCAGUGAGGCGGAGGAGAUACGGUGAGUCACUCGUGAGUCAACGAGACCAGAACUGGACAGCGACUGGACAAUAACGGACCAACACCCCCAAGACGUCUGGGCAUUUCAGCAUGCUAACGUUAGCCUGUUAGCUUCCUGCCGCCGAAGGUCACAGGAGGCAACGGCGAAACGUUAACGCGCGACGGUCAAGCGCGUUGUUGCUUCAUCCACAUCCACGGGCUGCAGACCCGUCCAGCAGCAGGUGGAAGGAAACGGUGCCAACAUGGCAACACGAGCAGCAACUACCGAUGUCACUCGCUUCCGAGAAACACAGAAGCCGAGCCAGUAGCAGGAAAAGAGCAACUGGUGACGGGGAACGCCACCUCCACGACUGAGCAGGUGAGACUGACAGCCAAUAAGAUGUGUCAGGUGGCGGAACCAGAGCCAGGACAGGAGAUGGAGGGCAAGGUGCACACCUGGGCCCAGUCUCUGGUUUACACUCUAGAGGAGCUGGAGUGUAAAAUUUGUUACAGCAGAUAUGACACACGCAGCCGGAAACCUAAGCUGCUGGGCUGCCUGCAUCGAGUCUGCGCCAAAUGUCUGAAGAAGAUGGUCGACAUGGGAGAGUCUUCGCCAUCUGUCAUCAGCUGUCCAUUUUGUCGCCAUGAGACCCAUGUUCCAGAUGAAGAGGGGUGGUUGGUGGAGGAUGACCGACACAUUCUGGCUGUUCUGUCAUGUCAGGAUCGAGCCCGGCGAGGAGCAGGUGGGGGGGAGGUGGUGCUCAGUCCCAGCAGUCUGACAGCAGGAGGCAUGGACUCGUCCCAUCGCUCCUCAGACUGUCUCGUCAUCACCAUCAUGGAGCUUCCUGAUGAGACUCCAUCCUCAGAUUCACUGAGCAUGCUCAACGUAGUGGGACUGUACCGGCCUCCCAGCCUCGACUCCUUGCCCUGCAGCCUGCCUGUUCAGAAGUGUCACACCUGGACGUCCCGCAGCUUCCCCCGCUGCCUGCUAGGGGCACUAUGUCUGGUCUACUUCAGCUCCCUGCCUCUGGGGAUCUACUUGCUGAUGAUCAGUCAGCUGUGGCCUGGCGUGGUUCUGGUCAGUCUGGUUCCCUCCACAUUGCUGCUGCUCGUCCUUUACGGCUUCUGUCAGUGUCUGUACCACGAGGUGAUGGAAGUGCUGGCUGCCCACCGACACACACUGUCGUGACCAGAAUACGAGAUGUGAUCGAGCUGCAGCAACGACUGUGGCUGCUGAUCAUUAAACUGUUUCUAAAUGUUACUGUUUCAAAAGUUGAUUCACCUGCUCAAUCAUUAAAAUUGAAUUCAGAUUACGGACACGUUUUUGAACCAUGUUCAUCUACAAUCAACUGAGAAUUAAAUGCAAUGAAAGCUUAGACAAACUGAAUCUGCAGCAACACAACUGUUUAUGACAAUGAAGUAAUGUUUAGGUUCCUUCACCUUCUGGAUGUUGUUCAUCCAAAGCAGAGCAAACUGAACAGGAAGUCCAAAUGGGAUGGAAUCAGCUUCUGAACCAGAGCAGAACAUGGACAUGUGCCAAAAUGGAUCUGUUGCCAUAAUGAAGAGAAACACCAGAACAUCAAUCAACAAAACUGAGAACACAGAAACUGAGCAACCAACAAACCACGCACAUAACAAACCUGUCCACUCUGACACCACCCGCCUCCUGAUACUAGCGUUACCUGUCUCCUCCCUGCAGGUGCAUCAUUGCUUCCUGAUGGACUAAAUGAUUGCGUGUUGAUUCAGGGCUAGUCAGAGGAUGUUAAAGCUGAACCGCUGCACUGUGGACUAUCAGAGACCUUAAUAAUGGGAAAAACAUGUAAAUGUUCAAUAUGUUUAAUGUGAGAAUCCUCCAUUGUAUGUCAAGAUGUGUAUCUGUGAGUCAGUACAGACGAAGGUACAAAGCAGUUAGCAUAGCUUAGCUCAGAGACAGGGAACUACUAGCUUAUUUUAGAACAUGACUAUGUCCAGGUUUUAAGCUUUGAGUUUUGAGGUUUUAAGCUACAGUAAGCUAAUAGCUAACUAACAGCUGGACUAUGAGUAUAAUGUGCCAUCGUUAUAAUCGUAAUGAUCAAUGACUGCUGUGAGACUUAUGAUGGCAGCUGACCUCUUAUGUCAGAACAUAAAAACAAAAGAAACACUA